UCGAUAUAAUAACCAGAAGGUGAUCCCCCGGCCCCGGCGUAACGCUUCUCAAUUGGCAACUUUUAACACGUCUCUCUCCACAAAAUGCCUAUGCCCCGCUUUUUUAUACCACCGGAAAUGUCCCUCUAAGCGGCCAUAACACGCAAAUUUUUUCUCCUGCGCAUCGUGCCAUUAUUCCGCCAUGCCGCUUUGUAUAUAAUUAAGGCCGUAAUGUUUUUCGUCAGGAAUCGUUUAAAUUCUGCUGUGUCUUCUUAUUAUCAUACUCUUUAGUUUCUUCCUGCAUAUGAUGCCGGUGUGAAAUGCUAAUGCGGCGCAUCGGGUGGCGGUUGAUUGUUUUGAUUACUGCUAUACUGAUGCAUGGUCAAGCGGCGCGUGCGGCCUAUCAGUUCAAUGUGUGCCUCAUCGUCGAACGCGGUACAAAUGGGAAGUUGUUCUACGAUUUUGACCGAUCCCGUGCCGCGGUGGAUCUAGCGGUGGCCUACGCCAAUGAUGUGAUAUUACCGCAGAAUUUCUCACUCCAGACCAUCUUUAAGGAUAUCGGCUCGACAUGCACGCCGAAGAAUCACGCCAUGACCUAUGUUAUUCAACUAAGGGACGCCGGCAUUGACUGUGAUGUUUUUAUUGGUCCAGGUUGUGGAUCGGCUGCCGAAUCAAUAUAUGAUUACGUGGCUUACUACAAAAUCCUCAUGAUCGGCUGUCCAUCGGCUGGCGUCGGUAUCGCCGCCUCCCUGGACCAGUACCCCUACCUGGCCCGCAUCUCCAUCACCCACCAGAACACCGCGUCGGUCCUGAUCUCCUUCCUCCGUCGGCAGAAGUACACCAGUGCCACGAUUCUGGAGGAUCAGGAUAACAGCUUCUACCAGCAGCUGUCGGCCAUCAUGGACGGCCAACUGGAGAAGGCGCCGGAUCUGUCGCAGAACACCAAGCAGACCGCCAUCUACUCCACCACCAUCACGGAUGACCAGAUCAACAAUCUGCUCACCAGCAAUAUCGCCCGCUCCCGAGUUUUCCUGCUGCUGGCGCCGUCCGUCACCGUCCGCAGAAUAAUGAUUGCCGCCAGUGGACUGGGAAUGACAUCCGGUGAUUACGUCUAUCUGUGCGUGAACCUGUUCGACAGUACAACUUGGGGAAAUUUUUCGUACGCAGCCGGCGAUGGACUGGAUGAUGUCGCAAAAGCUGCUUUCCAGUCCAUGCUGAUGGUCUCGUUAGACCUGCCAACCACCGUGCAGUACGAUAUUUUUGCUCAACAAGUGGUGAAGUUGUCAGCGCAGAACUAUGGUUACGUCUACAAUUCCUCGCAAGAUGUGGACAUUAUCACCAGCCACUUCUAUGAUGCCGUGAUUAUGUAUGCCAACAUGAUGAAAUAUAUAAUCAGGAAUAAUAUGGAUUAUACCGACGGCAGUCUAGCGGCACAGCUGACGAACAACUUCAAUUUCACCAGUCCCGUCAGUCAGCUUGUCAGUCUGAAUUCAGCCGGUGAUCGCAGCAGCAAUUACGUCAUCAGGAAUUUUGAUGUUGUCAAGCAGGAUUUCGAACUUUUCCUCUCCGUUCUCGCUAACGGUGACCUUUCGCUGCUGGGACAACUCAGCUGGCCGGAUGGCCGCCCUAGUCUGCCGCCAAAUACACCGUAUUGUGGAUUUCUGGGAGAAGAACAGAAAUGCGUUUACCAUAUGCCAAAAAGCGCUCUCGCCGCUGCCGUUGCCAUUCCCGUCGUGCUGGUACUUGUCGGCAGCAUCGCGGGAACCAUCCUCGUCCGACGGUACCUCAACUCCACUCAAGAUCCCUUCUGGUGGAGAAUCUUCGAGCACGAGAUAACGAUUGUCGGUGUGGGCCUGAAAUCGGGAGCUAGCAGCCAGUUUGCAUCGAACAUGCAAAGCAAACCAUCGUUAGGCGCCAAUCAAGACGCCGAAACGAAGAGUGUUGAUGAGAAAAAGGAAGACGCAAUGUCCGUUGCCUCUAAUGCUGUGGUCAAACGGGCAACGUACAAUGGAUCAACGGUGGGAUUACGGGAACUACCGGAGCCGAAACAACGUGUUAGCGGAGCACUGGGGAAGAGCCUUUUACCGAUUAAGCGCAUACAACACAACAACGUUCUCAAGUUUUAUGGGAUCGUUAUCAGUGAUGACAAUACAUGCGAAAGCGUCGUCGGAGACUUGUGUUCCAAAGGAUCUCUGACGAAACUGCUGUAUCGCGACCGGAUGCAGUUAGACUGGAAUUUCAAUUGUGCCUUAUUUAAAGAUCUUACUGCAGGAAUGAACUAUCUUCAUCUGUCAAAUCUGCAGACACAUGGAAAUUUAUCGUCACAUGUGUGCCUUAUAGACAGUAACUUUGUUUUAAAAAUUGCCGACUACGGCCUGGGGCAUUUCCGGACGGACGAAGAACUUAUGCCGAUAUUUGACAGCGAUGAAAAUCGCGAUUUUACCAAGUUAUUUUGGAGAUCGCCUGAAUUGCUCAGAAUACGAAUGCCUCCACAAGGGACACAAGUUGCAGGAGACAUAUACGCUUAUGCCAUUAUCCUGCAACAAAUUGUGCUCAGAACCUUGCCAUUCAGAAGUCCCGAUGCCAGUAAAAACAAUCUUACACCUAAAGAAAUUUUACUUGAGGUAAAGAAAGGCACAAUGCCGCCUUUACGGCCUCGAGUGCCCAUCUCCUCCUGUCCGCCGGCCUUUGUCGACCUAAUCGAACAGUGCUGGGAUGAGAACCCUCUCAGUCGGCCGCCCUUUAUCCGGAUCCGCGAAACACUCUUGAAGAUCCUUGGCCGCUCCGGCGACAAUAUCGUCGAUAAUCUUAUCCGCUCCAUGGAAAAGCAUGCUGCGCAGCUGGAGUACGAGGCCGACACGAAGAUGCGCGAGUUCAUGGAAGAGAAGCGCCGGUCGGACGAUAUUCUGAGCCAGUUGUUGCCCAAAAACGUGGCUGCUGCUCUGGCUAAAGGUCAAAUCCUUCAGCCGGAAACGUUCACCAGUACAACGGUGCACUUUAGUGACGUUGAUGGUUUUGGUGAUCUGGUGGCUGAAGCCGUCCUACCCAAGGACACCAUCGCCAUUUUAAAUACUUUAUACUUGACCUGUGAUAGUUGCGUGGAGAAGUACGAUGUGUACAAAGUGGAAACCGUUAAGGAUGCCUAUCUGAUUGUUAGUGGUCUUCCGAGCCGCAAUGGUUUGAAGCAUGCCGGAGAAAUUGCCACACUGGGACUAGUGAUGCGACGGGAAGUGUCAGCCAUUAAAUUUGCGGGACUGACUUUUGAACCUAAAGCCAAACUGCGCUUGCGAGUUGGUAUUCAUUCAGGACCAUGUGUUGCUGCGGUCAUUGGAACAAAAAUGCCCCGUUAUUGUCUUUUUGGUGAUACUGUCAAUACGUCCAGCCGAAUGGAAUCCCAUGGAGAACCCGGAAAAAUUCAGUGCAGUUUAUCAACAAAAGAAAUACUGGAUAAACUUGGUGGAUACAUCUGCUUUUCCAGAGGGGAAAUUGAAGUUAAGGGUAAAGGAUUGAUGGAGACGUUUUGGAUUGUGGGCAAAGAUAGCGAUUAAAAUUUUUUUCGUUCCUUUCUGCACAGUUGGAAUAAGAAUAUCUGUGUAAAAUUUUUCGUUCUCUAUAAAUACGGAUAACGGAUAAUUGGUUCGUUUUACGGAUAACGGUAAAUGAUUUCAUCUGGGGUGACUGAUACGAUUUGAUAUGUGGAUGCUAAAUUCGGCUACGGUCAGUGUCGUUGUGGCCUUAAUAUUCAACCUCUCCGCGCUCUCCACAACUUAAAAUCGACUCAUGCUUAAUGUAUUUUUCAUAGUGGCCUUAAUUUACAAUAAAAGAU